UAUUGGUUGAAAGUGAGUUUUCAAACCAAGAAGGAGCUCGCUGAUUGGCUGGUACGCUGCCCUGUCCCGCGCUAUCGGUGAAGUGGACAUCAUUGUGUUUUCCCUCCGUUUCGAGUGAAAGAGAAGUUCAUCGGGCGACAUGGCAGGAGGAAAGGCUGGAAAGGACAGUGGUAAAGCUAAAGCCAAAGCAGUAUCUAGAUCACAGAGAGCUGGUCUGCAGUUCCCUGUAGGACGUAUCCACAGACAUCUGAAGACUCGAACCACGAGCCACGGUCGUGUUGGUGCUACAGCAGCGGUGUACAGCGCAGCUAUCUUGGAAUACCUCACAGCUGAGGUGCUGGAGUUGGCUGGCAAUGCCUCUAAAGAUCUGAAGGUGAAGCGUAUCACUCCCAGACAUUUACAGUUAGCCAUCCGUGGAGACGAGGAGCUGGAUUCACUGAUCAAAGCCACCAUUGCUGGAGGAGGCGUGAUUCCACACAUCCACAAGUCUCUGAUUGGAAAGAAGGGUCAGCAGAAAACCGUUUAAGAUGUAUAGUUUCUGGACCGGGUCUCUGUGUUGUAUGUGUCAAUAUGGAGACAGAAAUUGUUUGUUACUUUUCCUCUUUUUGUGGUUCUGUUUUUAGAAUAGUUUGAUUCCAGUUUCAUAUACUGUGUUCAUAGUGGGAGGGUAAUACAUGUGGGGUAAAUCUUUUUUUGUAGGUGUGUUAAGGAAUAGAUGUUGGGUUUUGUUAAUGAUUUUUUGAAAAUCUGUUUACAUUAAAAUAACCUAUUUCUAAAUGUCAUGCCUUUCUGUGAUUUUGUUUGAUGAUGACUCCGUAAACUCAUGUCAUGUCUUACAAGACACAUUUCUUUUGUAUUUUUUUUUGAAGUACUGAGGAACUGUUCUGUAAGAAGCUUAUAAUGGAAUUCUGGUUAAAAUCUGGGUAUUGUCUAUUUUGUAUCUAAAUUUAAAUUGUAUCAAAAUGAAUACACACUUUUAGUGAAAACAUU